AGUUGGAUCAUACUGUAUCCGGAGGGUACGUUCUUCGAUAGGAUUUACCCGAAAGUGUUGGCCAAUAGUCGGAAAUACAGCCAAAAGUUAGAUCGCGAGCCCUUCAAGAAUCUACUGAUACCGCGUUCGCGAGCCCUGCGAGUGAUUUGCAAGAACUUUAGGCAUCGAUUCGAUGCCAUUCUCGACAUUACUGUCAUAUAUCCAAACACCAGAGGACCGAAUGGCGUGCGCUUCUCCUCGCCGUCUAUCGUCGAAUAUUUAACUGGUGUUCACAACGAGGUAGAGAUUAUUAUGCAAUAUAUUGAGAUGAAAGAGUUGCCCGAAAGUGAUAAUGAUUUGGAGAAAUGGUUAUACGAGUUGUAUAGACAUAAAGACAAUCUCAUGACUGAGUAUUAUUCAAGCGAUAAAUCCAUUUGCGAGAUAUUUGAUGUAAAUCCGGGAACUGUUAUUAGACAUGAUAGGAAACCAUUCAUUAUCGCCCAUAUAUUGCUACCAAUGAUUUAA